UUUACAGGAAGAAAGGCAGGCUUCAAAAAUCACGUGAAACCUCUCAGGCGAGUGUGUUUAGUUAUGUUAGUGGGGGUCUGUAUCUCCGGGCACACCGAUGAGAUCGUGAGGAUUGUGCAGCUAGCCAAAAUGCAACCCUCUGUCUUUAAAGUGAUGUGCACGGCGUGACGUCAGGCACAUGAGCAGGUGCGAUCUGAACUGGGAGGCAGAGGGGAGAAUGAGCAGCUGAUCAGUUACACAGGUACAGCUUGGACCUGCAGUUGUUUAUCAUGGGCAAGCCGGCGGAAAAAGCAUUUUACAGAUUCCUGGUGCUGUUCUUCAACUGCCUGCUGACGUUCGGCUCCUACUUCUGCUUCGACAUCCCCAGUGUCUUGCAGGACCAGUUCCAGGGGAACCUGACGUGUCCUAAUGCAAUGGUAGCGAACGGCUCAGCUCCUGAUGGGACCGGAGAGUGUGUGGAGGGGUUGGGGAUGACUCCCCAGGAAUACAACCUUCUCUACGCCAUCUACGCCUGGACCAAUGCAGUGGUGGUGAUCCUGGCUGGCUUCCUCAUCGACAAGCUGGGAAACCGCUGCGUGUUCCUGUUCUCCUUCCUGACUGUGCUGGGCUCUGCGGUCUUCGCCCUGGGCUCACACUUCAAGGGCACCAGCUACCUGCUGCCCCUGAUGCUGACUGGUCGCCUGCUGUUUGGCUCUGGGAACGGCUCCCUGUCUAUUGUGCAGAACCGCAUCACGGCAUUCUGGUUCAAAGGGAAGGAGCUGGCCCUGGCGUUCGGCCUGACUGUGGCCUUCUCCCGCCUGGGCUCCGUCCUCAAUUUCUUCUUCACCCAGCGGGUGGAGGCGCAUUUUGGGCUACAGUGGACGCUGUGGGGAGGUACCUUCCUGUGUGUGCUGGGUUUCCUGGCCGCCAUCACGGUCAGCACGCUGGACAAGGUGGGCAUGAGGCAGUUGGGUCUGGAUGGUGCCAUUCAGGAAGAGUCCAGGAAAGUGAGGGUGCAAAAUGUGCGACAGCUCUCCCUGCGGUACUGGCUCCUUGUCCUGACCAUCAUGUUCUUCUACAACGGGAUCUUUCCUUUCAUCGCCGAUGCGAGUAAGUUUAUCCAGGACAAGUACAGUACGUACAGCCAGAAGGAAGCCUCCUACAUCGCAGGGGCAGUGUACGACAGCUCUCUGGUGCUCUCAGCUGCUGUAGGGAUCCUCAUCGACCAUAUCGGCCUACGCGGCGUGUUUGCAGUCGGCUGCGCCGUCCUCACCCUGCCCGUCUUUGCUCUCCUGGCCUUCACCUUCGUCCCCCCCCUGGUCUCCACCGUCUGGCUGGGCAUCACCUACUCCUUCGCUGCCGCAAGCAUGUGGCCAUCUAUCCCUCUGGUUGUCCCUCGGGCAACUCUGGGGACAGCUAUGGGUCUUGUCACCUCAGUACAGAUGAUUGGAAUAGGUAUCUCCAACCUUAUAGUUGGGCAGAUUCUGGGAACCAAGUCCAGUGAUGUGAAGAUCCCGCUGUGGCGGUGGCAGCAGAUGAUGGUCUUCAUGCUGGCCAAUACGAUCGCCUGCAUCGUCACCUCGGUCGUGCUGAACGUUGUGGAUCAGCGCCAGGGUGGGACCCUCAAUAAAACAACAAAGCGCUCCUCUGAGGCACCCCGAGAGCCUCCUGCCCACUCCUCAGAAACAUCUCCCCUUCUGGAAGAGGAGGACACCAUUCGCUUCCAGCCCAUUGACAGCUAACGACCGCCUGCUGCAGCCCAGCAAAGGGAAAGCCUCUGGCUUGAAAGGGAUAACAGGGCUGCACUUUGCCUUUUCAGGAAUGCUAGGGAAAACACUUUCGGCGAGGUCUGGAAAAAGGGAUAAUCACACUUGGAAGAAGUGUUGGCAAGGCCACUGCCGAAAGAUUCUAUAACUCUCAGAAGCCAAUGCACAUACAGAUUUUCUGGUACGCACAUUAAUGACAGAAACUUUUAGUUUUAAUAAUGACAGUUUUAGUUUUAGUUUGUUUACACUAUAUGGUUUUCAGAGACUCAUGGGAAAACCCAAGAUCAGUGAUGUACUCCAAAAGUCUGUUGCAGUUUAGCUAGAACCAUUUCUGGUGUUUGGUGUAUUACUGUCCAAGCACGAGAUAGCCAUUUAAUUAUGGCGUAUUUUGUUGUGCACACAAAAGCACCAAUGUUUUGCUAUGCCAGUGGGAUUAUGCAAGUCAGGAAAGUACCAAUUGCUUCAUGCACUUUUGUCUUUUCCUGCCUUGGCAUCAAGGAUAGUACAUUUCAAGCAAAGUGGAUCCUGUCUCGCAGUUUAAAUGCAGUUAUUCUAGCUCUUUUAGUUUCUGAAAUGUUAUAUUGCUAUUAAGAGCACCAAGACCGAGCGGAUACUAUUAAUGCCCAUUUACUUAAGUAUAAUAGAUUUCAGUUGCAGAAUUACUUGAUUCCUAUCUUUCUUAGGUGCAUUACACAGUGCUAUAAACACCAAUAUGCAGAUUUCUCCUGAAGGAAGAUGUUACAAGUAUUAUUGCUGAUGACCUCAAUACUUUCUUUAAACAGUUGGAACUGGUGAGGCUGUGUACUUUCUACACUAUUUUGGAGUGUUUUAUAAUAAGGUAUGGAAAGAUCUUAAGACUUUUGAACAUCCAGUAGAAUUAAUAAAUUAAAUGGGUACCUAAAAUCAUUCAGGAACAUUUCAAUAGCAUCAUUAAAAUUUAUUUUCCCAGUUUCAGCUGAGUUAUCAGUCCCCUGCAUUAAGAGCAAAAUUUAAGAACCUCCAUUUAGUGAGGGAUAUGUUUUUCCACCAUCGCUUUGGCAUAGAACAGUCUUCCUGGGGUAAGGCAUGGCCUCCUAAUAAUCCCCAUCUAUGAAUUGGCUUCAUCACUCUGCUCUCCUCUCCACUGAGAGCUGGU